AUGUCAUCGGAGGCAACGGCAAAAGCAUCAUCGGAAACACCACAGCCAACGCCACCACCAAAUGCAAAGGAUGUGGAGAGCCAGAACCAGACUCCGCCACCAGGCUACAGCGUCGUAGGCAUUUUCAGGCGAUGGCGUCAUGAAGAUAUUUCAAAGAAGGGAACGUUUGGAUUACGAGGUUCCGCUUUGCUUUUUUCUCUGCUCGCUUUCAUCAUCAUGGCUAGCAACAGACAUGGUGAUUGGAGAGAUUACAAUAGAUACGAAGAAUUUAGGUAUGAAUUGGCAAUAGCGAUUUUGUCAUCAAUCUAUAACGGAUUUCAAGUUUGGAGGCAAUAUCGUUUGAUUUCAACGGGAAAAGAAUUACUUUCGUUUUCCGAUCAGAAUUUGGCGCUGAUCGAUUUCGUUGGCGAUCAGAUCAUGGCGUACCUAUUGAUAUCGGCAGCAUCAUCGGCGGUUCCGAUGACGAACCGGAUGAGGGAAGGAGCCGACAAUGCCUUCACCGAUUCGUUAGCAGCGUCAAUUAGCAUGGAGUUUUUUGCGUUUUUCAUCCUGGGAUCAUCUGCCAUUCUCUCAGGGUACAAACUAGUAAAAUCAUCUUGCAUCUAACAAAAUCAAACCUUCUAACUUCACUUUUUUCGAUUUCGAUU